AAAUAAUCGGUGUUGUAAAAAUAGGCAAGCUAUUCAAGCUAACAAUAAAAUAUUACUUACGAAAAGAAACUCCACGUAAUUCACAAUCGACGAUAAAAAGUAAUAUUUUUUCAAGUAACUACAAUAAAAUUCGAUGUGGUUGAAGAUAAUUUUGAAAAAUAUACGGCGGGUAUCAAAAAUAUAUCAUAAGCCGAGAACUUAUUUACUUUUGUUAUUAUUUGCAAUUGUGUGGAUAUAUUAUACUUUACGAGACGAAGAAUUAAAUGAAGACUUCGAUUUAAUUGUCCGGAACGCCGAGAACAACCUCAAAGAACAGCUGAAGUUUGACAAGGGAACAGGCUGCAAAAUACCACAAUUGAACCCAUUCAGUAAAGAAGCGACGCAGUACGAUGAAGAUCCACCCAAAAUCACAUGCAAUAGCAAAGAUUGGGUGAAAUGCUAUCUAUCCGAAUGCAGAGUAAUAAAUGAGAUCCUAGAUACCUUUUCGGAUGUAAUGUGUACGUACAAAGACAUAAUUUACUUGAAUGAUUUUUCAUAUAUUUAUUCGGAUGCAAAGGAAAUACGUGACAAUGGAACGUAUCACCUGAAGAGGAGUGACCACGCCAAGGUGAUGUGUAGCGGUCGAAGAAAAGGAGUUUUUUCUUUCGUACCAUCGAGAUGGCUAGGCAACGUGGCUGGUUUCCGAUCUGAAGUCAAUCGGAAAAUCCCACCAAAGGGCCGGGAGAAAACGAUUAAUAUCAUGAUGUUCGGUUUCGAUUCCACUGCCAGAAUCGGCUUUAUACGUCGAAUGCCUAGAAGCUACAAUUAUUUGAGUUAUGUUCUUAAUGCUACGGUACUUAAAAGCUACAACAUAGUAGGCGAAGGUACGAAAGGAGCACUGUUUCCGAUGUUGACCGGGAAGAAUAUGUAUGAGCUUCCAAACACGAGGGUUAUGGAAGGAAACACCAGAACCUGUGAUGUAUAUCCGCUGUUAUUCUACAAAUUGAGAGACGAUGGUUACAGAACAGCAUUUUUCGAAGACCGUCCAGAGAUUGGCGCGUUUCAAUACUGGGUGAAUGGUUUCCGGCACCAGCCAACCGACCACUACCUUCGAGCCUUCUUCCAAGACAGAUCUAUGUUCGGAAAUAAAUACUGUGUUGGGGAUACGCCGCAGUACAAGCUCAUGAUGAAUUUGACCAAUCAGUUCAUGCAUUUGGAUGGCAAAAAGUUUAUCUUUACAUUCGUCGUUGAUAUUACUCACGAGGACUUCAACGUUAUCACCACGGCUGAUGAUGAUUUCCUCGAAUUCCUCAUCAGGUUCAAUAAAGAAGGCCACCUGAAAGAUACUCUAUUGGUGGUGAUGAGCGACCAUGGACCUAAAUAUGCUCAGAUUCGUAAUACACCUCAGGGUCGUCUUGAAGAGCGUCUACCAUUCAUGUCCUUUGUCUUGCCAGAGAAACUUAAAACAGAAAGACCCAAUGCUCUUUUAGCCUUGCAACGGAAUGUAGACACACUAACAACGCCUUAUGACAUUCACAAGACAUUAUUGGAUGCUGUAGGUCUAAAGGAAUAUUGGAAUAACUAUAUAGUUCCUGGAGCUGAUAUUCCCAGGGGCAUGAACUUGCUAGAACCGAUUCCAGCGACCCGUUCGUGUAGCGAGGCGGGUAUUGAGCCGCACUGGUGUUUGUGUGCUCAAUGGGAACACGUGACAGAAGAUGACACCCUUUACUUCAGAGCAAGCGAUGCUCUGCUAAACUUUAUCAACGGCCUGACAGAGCCAGUGAGGUCUAAAUGUUUUAAACGUACGCUGACCAAUAUCUCGUGGGUCAAACAGUAUGCUACCAAUAGUCAAAUGGUUACCAAGAAGAUAUAUCAAGUCAAGGCCUUCCUUAUAGAUGGAUAUGGAGUAUGGACCAAGACACGUGGACCCAAUGCGGAUUGGCGGGUUUUAACGACUGCAAACACAACCGGGACAAACGGCUUUACGUGUCAUCCGAAGCACGCAGGAGCUCAAGAUAAUACACUUUUGGUCACCCAUUCAUUGACCGACCAUUGUGAGACUAUCACGGCGCCAUUAAGCUCCUCUAGAUGUGAUACUAGGUAUACAGGGUAUCUAACUCAUAAUCUUCCAAAGGCGCAUAAGGUAACCCUAAACCCGGGUGCAGGUGACUUCGAAGCUACUAUGACAUACUGGGUCGAAACGGAUAAAUUUGAAGUCCAUCUCACCGAUAUCUCGCGUACUAAUAAGUAUGGGAAUCAACCUUCUUGCAUAUUAAAAACGCACGCGUACCUUAGCCCGUAUUGUUACUGUCGGUGAAAAAAUUUUUGUACUUAUUUGACGAAUAUUUGAACCAGAACUUUUUAUCAAAAGUUUCAAAAACUCAUUGUCAAAAAGGCGAUUUUGUAUUAAACAGCAGCGACCAGGUGUUAGGACACCUAUUCAAGUCACUUUAGAGUGGAUCUUAGAUCGUUUCGACAGAUGCGAACGCGCAUCAAUUGCAAUUUUUCAAAAUUUUCUUCGUCCGCGUUUAUUACGUGCGUCCGGUCAUAACUUAUUUUUGUCAAUAUCUCCAGUUCUAAGCAACGUAUCGCGACAAAACCUGUAUCAGAUUUUAAAUAAGACCAUCUGCUAUACCUACAAAUGUGAAAACCGCAUCAUAUUCCAUCCAGUAGUUUUUGCGUGAUGCGCGAACAAACAUACAGAUUGACAAAAAUUCUAGGAAUAAAUGACCUCUUAUUAGACAAACAAAGAACCACCAUAUUUUUAUUUAUCUCCUAUGCAAAGCGCCCUUACAGUUUUAUUAUAGUUGAUUUUUUUUUAUUUUACAUUAAUUACAAAUAGUUCAUAAUUUGAAUUGUUAUUUAUUUGAAUUUUUAUUACCAAUUCUAUAUGGUGGUAUCAUUUUGACAUACAUUUUAAUGGAUACAUAUUAAUAUGUAGGUAGCUAAUUAUUUAAUUUUAAUUUAUAACUAUUUUAAUAAAACC